AUGCUGCGCUCGUUCGUGCGGCUGUGGGCCGCUUGCGAGGCUGCGGCCCGCGCGCCUCGCUCCCUCGCGGUGUUGGGUCGUCCUCCGGCAGCGGCAGAGGUCGAGGCCGCUCUGGGGGAGGGCGGCAGCUACCGCAGCCUGAAGCGCCGCCGGCUCGAGCCGGCGGCGUACUGCGCCGCGCGCGACGUUCUCCUCUCGCGCUCGGAGCUGCGCGGAUGGGCGGAGGCCAAGCAGGCGCUGCGUGGGGGAGGGGGCGAGGUGUGCUUGGCUUGCGACGAGCCGCCGCCUGCGAGGGCGGUCGUCGAGAGCACGUGA